AUGUCUGACAUACGCGCUUUCCAAGCAAUGGGGACCUGUACGGUUGCGGCGUUCGCGGUUUCGCAAUGCUCUCUGGCGAACAUGCAUGUACUGGCUGGUUACAUUCGAAAGGCUCAUGUAUAUGCUAAUAGCUAUGACAUUCAAUGUUGGCUUGAUUUUGAUAACAGUGAGAUAUAUGACGUCACGACGCUUUCUGUCGGUCAAUUCAUUAUUGAGUACAUCGACGACCCUUGCAUUACCCACCAUAGGCUGUCAGAUCCCGAACAUGCGAAAGAGCCUCUCCUGUCUUCGCCUCAUCAUUACGACGAGCCUGGCUCUACCCCUGAGACUUAUCCUCCAGCCACAGUGGCUCCACCACCACGCCGAGUGAGGUCGAAGCCACACAGCAUCUAUAUUCACCCCAGUGAAUCGAAUAUUGUUCGAGCAGAUGUUGUUGCCCAAGAGCUUGGUCUUUCAGACACAAAUCUUUCCAAAAGCGACCUGUAUCCUGAGGAUGAUAAUUCAUGGGAGCCAAGCAGGAAUCGAGAUGUUGCACGGGGCAUGUGGGAGCGGUAA